AAUCUGAUCUCUUGAGUGGUUUGUUUUAUCAGUCGAGAUCUGGGGUGUUGCGCUGCUGUUAUGAUCUACCUGUGCUGAGCUUAUUUUGCCAAGUGGGAGCCCAGGCAUCAAGAGGAGCGAUUACACGCUCUUACACCAUACCAGCACUUCAGAGAGAUAUUUGGGCAGUUUCUGCAGAGGGCAAAGUGAUCCAGUAAGAGCAUAAGAGGACUUUUUUCUUCCUAACGCUAUUGCUAUUUCAAGAGUUCUCAUUUUCAUCGCUGUUGGAGCCUUUUGUUGUACAUGUGCGUGCAGCUAUUGAGAGUUUAAAAGAACCCUUCCUGGGAAAAUAAAUUAAGGAAGAAUUUCCUCCUCGCUUCUCUGAAGAGAAACUUAAGAUCUAAUUGAAAAGGCUUGGGGAAAAUCAAGCAACCAAAGAUUACGUAUACUUUGCAAAAAACAGGGCAUGUUUAUGCAUGGAAUAACAGAAUUUUUGAGAAGCAUGUGAUUCUAUUUCUUUGACCUAUUGGGUUUUUCUCCCCUAGAUAGUUGGGUGUAUAAAUCAGCGUGCCUUCACUGCCUUCACUUCAGCAGGGCUAUACCCUAUCACACCAGUUACAGCUCUGGCCCAUAGGAGUUGCAAAGUAGAUCCAAGCAGUGAAAGUCCAAGGAACAACAAUGUUUGGGAAAUAUUUACUGUCCUUCUUACAAACGUCUUUGUUUACCGCAUUAAUGAUCCUGAAUUAGAGAGCUGCUAUUGACUAUGUUGUUGUAUCACAAAGAAAAAAAGUGCUGUAGCACAGAGCAAAUAUAAAUCUCUUCUUGGAGGUUGGAAGCCACCAUUAGGCCUUAUUUUUUUAAAACAGUUGUACUUAUUCCAGUGACCUUAUCAGGAGCUGUAACUGAAUUGAAAUACAUUUUGGCUUUUGCGGUGGUUCUGUUAGAUUAAUUAUGUUUUCUGUACAUCUUGCAUGCAUGCAUAUUCUUUAAACUAUUUAUUUCAUUGUUACCAGGCAAAAAGCUUUACAAACAAACCCGUAAAAUGCAAUAUGUGGAAAAAACAUGGGUUUCAUUUAAGUCUUCCCACUGAAGCCAGCGUGUCAGAAACUAGCAACUUGCUGCUUUCAGAAGUAGUUUCAGGGUGCAGCAGAACGAUGUUUAGGGGGGCUGUUAACCUCUAACCAGCUCCCUUUUGCUUCCUGGUUUCAUAAGCAGUGGUCACAGGUUCGUGAUGACCCGCGGUGGUCAGUGGUGUCUUUCUCCCAGCAGGCUGUGAACCCUGCCACCUCCCGGGAGCAGCUCCAAGAGGGUUUCUGAGGGAUGGAGAAAAAGAAAAUUCUAAUGAAAUCCAAGGUUGCUGCUCCCAACCUCCUGAGGGCACUGCAUUCUCUGUACCAGUUCGGUCACCUGUGUGACGUGACAGUUCACACACAGCAUCUUGGAAUUCAGGAGGAGUUUCUGGUUCACAAAGCUGUCUUGGCAGCUUCCAGCAACUAUUUCAAGGGGCUUUUCCUGCAUGAUGAGAUGCUGGACACCAAGAAUUGCACAGUGACUCUGCAAGACAUUUACACGGAAGAGUUCACCUCCUUCCUGGAGUUUGUUUACACUGCCGAAGUGGAGAUUGAAGCGGAAAAACUGCAACGGAUGAAAGAAAUAGCUGAAAGGCUCGAAUGCAAGGAUUUGCUUGACAUUUGUGAAGAAGUGAAAGGAGAGGGCAGGAAGGGUUUAGAUUUGAGCCUCCACCUGAAAGGUCAGCUGUGUGAAAAUGGUGGGCCACAGUGGACUCGCAUCCAGCAAGAGGACCACCACAAACUGAGUAACUCUUCCCAAGUUGUGGCAAUACCCAUGCAGAGGAAACUUUGGGACAGGCAAAAACAUAAGAAGUUGCUGGCUGGCUACAAAGUUGUUGAAGGCCAACCGGCAAGCCUGGAGCAAGAGGCCACUGCUUUUCCAGAACCAAAAUCCAGGACAGCAAAGCUACUGAAAUGUAACAAGACAGAUAUGGGAGACAGACUCGGCAUGGAUAUUGAUAGUCUGGAAAAUGAGAAUAGUCGUUCUCUCCUAAGUCAGACUGAGUCAAAGGAAGCCUGUGUGGUAACUGGGAAUGCGUUGCCUGAGCAGCGGGAAGGUGAAAACAGUUUAAUUUCCAAAUUUGCCAGUAAAACUGAGCGUAGGAAAUCGCAGCGGCACGUGGCAAAAGUCUUGCCGCAGAUUGCGUGUGAGAAGUGCAACGAAUCGUUCCGUGUUAUCAAGCAGUACCGGUCGCACAUGGAGCUCAAGCAUGACAUUAAUCUGGCUGUCAAGUACAGCUGCGACGUCUGUGAGCAGCUCUUCUCCACUCACCAGAACCUCCGGCAGCACCGCCUCACCGUUCAUAGCGACGAGCGGGGCUUCUCCUGUGUGUUCUGUGACAAGAGGUUUAAGCGCCAGAAGGACAUAAAGGAGCAUAUCCGCAGGGUGCAUGAGAAGAAGCGGGAUCCCCAGGCCUGCCCAUACUGCGACAAGGUCAUCAGUUCCAAGUGUGGCCUGACCGUCCACAUACGAACGCACACCGGGGAGAAACCGUACAAAUGCGAGCGCUGCCCCGCCAGCUUUGCUCAGAGGUCUGCUUACAAUUCUCAUGUAAGAAAAAUCCAUGAGUCGGGGCAAGAGAGGAAACUUAUGCCUGUCUAUUGGAUGGUAGUUCCACCUGCGCGUAGAACAAACACAAGUUGUGACAAAGAUCCCGACAGAGAGACGUGGGUUGGGACAUCGGAGGCUGAGCGACAAAAGUGUGCGAGGCACGAAGAGGCCACGAGUCGUGAGGAGGAACCUGGGGGUUCAUCUGUUACCGAAGUAGACUGUGGCAAUGAGCAAGAAGAACGGAAGCGGAAAUAUAAGGAAGCUGAAGCCAGAAGUGAAAAACUGAGCAAAGAAGGGAAUGGAGAUGAAGGUGAAAGGAGCGUGAAGGGAGAGGAGGAGGUAGAUUACGAAGGGGGGUAUUCAGAGGUUGAAGACAGUAGGGAUAACGAGGAGGCCUGUACUGAGGAGGACGAUGAGGAUGAUGAAUACUCUAACGAGAAGGAUGGUGAAGAGCGUGAAUCAGAUGAAGAGUUUAAAAUCAAGAAGGUAAAUAAAAGUGGAGUGAAUAACAAAUCUGCCUACGUAAUAACGUGUGAUAAGUGUAACGAGCAGUUUGUUUCCCGGAAAAAGUAUGUGGAUCACUGCAGGGAUGUCCAUCAGUGCUUGCCUGGUAAAGUCUAUCAGUGUGACAUCUGCAGCAAGUCGUUUGCUAGUUACAACAGCUGGAAGGAGCACCGGGCAUGUGUCCACACUGAGGAAAGGCAGUUUGCCUGCACCCUUUGCAAUGCUACUUUUAAAAGAAAGAGGGAUGUGAGGACACAUUAUAUGCGGAAGCACGAAGGCAGGGUCAAACGCCCUCUCUGCUCUGUCUGCGGGAAGAUCCUCAGCUCCCGAACAGCCCUGGUGUUUCAUAUGCGGACGCACACAGGAGAAAAACCUUACGAAUGUGGCAUUUGUCAUUCAAAAUUUGCUCAGCCGUCGCAACUCAAGAUCCAUACCAGGUCCCAUACAGGGGAAAAGCCAUAUAUUUGCGAGGACUGUGGGGCUUGCUUUGCUGAUAAAGGCAAACUCACCGGCCACAAAAGGACCCACACAGGAGAGCGCCUUUUUAAAUGCGAUGUCUGCGGAAAACAUUUUGCCACCAAUGAAUACUUAAAAUGCCAUAAACGAUGCCACAUGGGUGCUAAGCCCUACAAGUGUGAGGUUUGCGGGAAGGUGUUUGGACUGAGAGCCUCGCUAGCCCAGCACAGUAACGUCCAUGCAGAGACCCGUCCGUAUUUUUGUGAACAGUGUGGGAAAACAUUCACCCAACAGGGCGCUCUCCGUCGCCACCAGCGCAUUCACACCGGGGAAAAGCCGUACAAGUGCAGAGCGUGCGAGAGGACCUUCACGGACAUGUCCACCUUGCGCAGACACGUGUCGAUUCAUGACCGGAAUGCUCACUGGAGAAGCUUCUUAAUAGAUCUGACAACCAAAAAAGACCAUAAUUGGUCCAAAAUAGAAACAUUCUCAGAAACCUGUAUGGGUGAAGACUCGGCACCAGAAAUUUGGUCAGUUGACCAAGGUAAACUUUACAAACCAGAAAGCGUUGUUCUUAAAAAAGUAGAACACGUGCCAUCUAGUGUUAGUGACGUGGCAGGCACCGAUCGCUCCCUUUUGUACUUAUAACCUCAGUUCUUGACGGAGAAUGAUACUGGCUGCCACAUAAUAAUUAUGGCUCCCCAGGUUAUAAUAGGCCUAAUGAUCUCGAAUGCCGGUUGCGGCUGCCUCAUUAAGCUCUGCAGCGCGGUGUUGUCUUCGUGCGGGUGAGCUGGAGUUACGGACGUCGCUGUCAGAGGAAAGGGGUUCGUAAUCCCGGUUAAAAGUAGUUAUGCGGGUGCGACUUCUAGCUGCCUGCGGAGUUUUAUUUUAUUUUAUUUUAUUUGCGAAGUCCUGGGUACAUCACAGAGGGGGUCUCGUGGGGAAGGCACGUGUAAACAGAGACGGGUAUGGUGCUGUCGCUGGAAA